AUGAGGAUGGUGCGUAUUAGAAUCAUCCUGCUGUUUUAUUUUUCUGUUGGACUUGCUGCCGGGCUCAUUAAGCAAACUAGCGCACCCGUACUUUUGGCCUCCCAUAGAUUGUCUAAGGGUAUUUAUAAAUACCAAGAAGAUUAUACGUUGGGUAAUAACUUAUCAUUGCAGAAUUUUAAGGAAAUUGUUGAAGAAUUGCUAGGUAAGUGUAAUUCGAAUGCAUUUAUAUUAGUCAACCAACCAGGUAUUCGGGCUCACGAUUUUACGGCGUACAAAAAGGAUUUAAUAAAUUUGCAGCUAUACAUGCAUGCGAGUUCGACAGCUGUCAAAUUCGAACAAGUUGACAUUCUGCCUGUCGACAUGUUCGAUGAAUUGAUUGACAAUGUCAAAGAAAAGUGCAAUGUUGAUGAAGUACUCGAAGUGGAUGGGAACAAUACAGAUAGCUUUCAACCGUAUAUUGACACACGUAAAAGAAUCAUUCGCAUAGAUUUCCCAGAGCUCCCGCAAGACAGCCAAAAUCGGUCUAUAGCACUAUCUGCGUAUGAUAAGUCAUUGAGGGCAAUUCUAGCACAGCUUCCUUCCCCCGAGCUUACAAUAGUAUAUGCAUCGUUGAAACCUGAUUUGGAUCUUGGAAGCACCAUUAAACACGUAACAUCAAGGCCAGUCGAAAUAUUUCCUGAAAUUUUCCUGGAUCCAUCACGAGCAGAAGAGGUUGAAAAGAACGAUCGUAUCUUGAAUCUUUUGCGCGUUUUUAAUGAGUAUCAUCCCAAAUUUAAGGCGAUGAGCUCUCAAUACAUAUCGAUAUUCGAAGAGAGAUUUAUUACGGAAAAUUUUGAGCUUAUAAGGACGAUUAUCACCGUUCUGACUGUAUACUUGAUUAUUCAAGUCGUGCUACCAAAAAAGAAGCCAAAAAAAUUAGCCAAAAAGAAACUUGGUAUAUCAAGUGUUACCAUAGAUAAGGAGCGUAUAAAGGAUGUCAUCAAGCAAUCAAACAAUGACGGUUAA